UCUCUUUCCAAAAUGAAAAUUUACCAUCUUCUUCUAAAUCAACAAUGAAAAGAAAGAAAAGGAAAAAAGAAACAGAAACUCAUUUACCUUUCCUUUGCCAUGAACCAUCAGAACAAAUCAAACCAACCCAGUCUUGGAGCUCUCUACCCUCUGCCCUAUUACACCUCACUUUCCCAAGAAUCACAGCCAUAACUCCCCAACAACCUACAAGAAGACAAAGAUAGCUUUCUUCAAUGGCAGAAACCAGUACUAGCAGUAGCAACAGUUUCUUCAAUAACACCAAUGGGGGCUCACCAAUUUCCUACAUAGCCCAAGACCACCUCUUUACAAUCUUGUUGCUUCUUCCUGUAGAUUCAAUUCUUUGCUUUGCCAUGGCCUGCAAGAAGUUUAGAGCUUUGACAGCCUCUGACACUCUGUGGGAGUCCAUAUGCAGAAGGGACUGGGGUCCCAAAUCAGUUGAGGCCCUCAAGGCUUCAAAUUUUCAUCAUCAGCUGCCUUGGAUGAGGCUCUACAAGCAAGUCUCUCGCGUGGACUCUGUUUAUUGCCAUAAAUUGUCUAACCCAGAUGGGGAAUUGGUGUUUCCAAGUCCCAGGGCCUCUCAUUCUCUCAAUUUUGUGUCUGAUUGCUUGGUUUUGUUUGGUGGUGGCAGUGAGGGAGGACGCCAUCUAGAUGACACAUGGGUGGCAUACGUUGGUAAUGAUUUUCGGAGAAUGUUGAAGUGGCAGAAGAUCAAUUCAGGCAUUCCAAGUGGCAGAUUUGGGCAUUCAUGUGUUGUUAUUGAUGAUUUUCUUGUUCUAUUUGGAGGAAUAAAUGACAAUGGAAACCGUCACAACGAUACAUGGGUUGGGAAAGUAGCAUGCCAUGAGACCCUUGGUAUCACACUGUCAUGGAGGCUGCUUGUCGUGGGGCCCGAUGCACCUUCGCAGCGAGGGGCUCAUGCUGCAUGCUGCAUUGAUGGCAGAAAGAUGGUUAUCCAUGGAGGAAUUGGGCUGCAUGGUGUCAGGUUGGGUGAUACAUGGGUGUUGGAACUCUCCGAAAACUUUCGAUUUGGAACUUGGUAUGAAAUCGUGGCUCAUCCAUGUCCGCCUGCUCGCUCAGGACACACAUUGACUUGCAUUGGGGGAACCCGAACAGUUUUAUUUGGAGGGAGAGGAUUGGGCUAUGAUGUGCUUCAUGAUGUCUGGUUCUUGGAUAUUCAUGAUGGUCAACCUAAAUGGGUACAAAUACUCUAUGAAUUACAAAAUGUUCCUGGAGCAGUUUCCCUCCCUAGAGUUGGUCACUCAGCUACUCUCAUCUUAGGAGGUCAUUUGCUGAUUUGUGGAGGAGAGGAUUCGUACAGACACCGGAAGAAUGACUUCUGGGUUUUAGACAUAAGUGCAGUUCCAUCCAUUACAAUGCAGCCGACUACACUCAACUCUGUGCAGUUACUGGCAAAAAUGUGGAAAAGGUUGAAGGCAAAUGGUUACAAACCCAAAUGCCGGUCAUUCCAUCGUGCCUGCACAGAUAAUUCCGGGCGUUACUUGUUUGUGUUUGGUGGAAUGGUGGAUGGCGUACUUCAGCCUGCUGACCCUGCCGGGCUGAGGUUUGAUGGAGAGCUCGUCCUUGUGGAGCUUGUGCUCCAGCUGUAAGGAGGAAUGAAUAUAUCUUUGGUACAAAAGAUGAAGUUGCUUUAAUUAUAGAAAGGAAAGGAGACUUUUUUCAACUGGUGCGGGCUUCCUAAAAUAGCCAUUAGCUCCAGCAUCAACAAAGGUUGGCUCUGCGAAUGCGUCACCAGUCAACCCAAAAAUUGGCACUCCAAAUCCCAACAAUUCUUUUAACUAGCCAUGGCUGAGUUAAGAGAAUUGCUGCGAUUUUGGGUGCCAUUUUUGGGUUGUCCUGGACCACUAGUACUUACGCGUUCACAUAGCCAGCCUUUGUUGCUACCGAAGCUGAUGGCUACUUUAGGAAGCCCCUAACAGUCGAAAACUUGCCAUAUUUGAUCACGUGCUCCAAUCUAUGUAACAGUUGAGGUACGUGCAUACGUAUAAACAAAGCCUCCUUUCCUAAAGCAUCGGCAUAAUUUGGUUAAUUACUUGCCAUUCCAGUACACCAAGUCUUGUACAUAGUAGCUCAUAACUUGCUCUGUACGUCUCUUUUGAAUUGAGAUUAUCUGUUCUACGAGAAAAG